AUGGGGGCACCUGUUUACUCUAUUGCAUUUAGUCCGAACGGUGAAUACAUGGCAAGUGGAUUAUUGGACAAAAGCAUUAAUAUAUGGUCAGUGAAGGAUGCCAAGAUUGUAAGAACUUACAAUGGCGAUGGCGGAAUUUUUGAAGUGUGUUGGAACAAGGAAGGCAACAAGGUUGCAGCUUGUUUCGCAAACAAGAAGAUUGUCCAAAUACCUUCUGAACGCUCUUUGCGCACAAUUGGAGCUCCUACACGAAGAGGGUCCAAUAUCUUGUCUUCUAUAUCUUUCAACCAUUUUUUGCUGAAAUAUGAUUUGAAUCCGAGUAAAGAGAGACUCAAAGAUGUAGAGGGUUCAGAUGCCGAUACAGGUGCCACUUCAACUACUUGCUCGAUUCAAUUUACUCGAUUCAAUUUCUUGCUAGAUUUGAAUUCGGAUAAAGAGAGACUCAGAGAUGUUGAUGGAACUUGCAUUACUGGUGAAACUUUUGAAAAAGGUAAAAUUCCACCUAAUGGGGUAAUGGACGGAUAA